AAGAAUCCAUUUUGGUGCCAUUUGCAACCGAAGAUGUACUUCUAGUGACUGGUAAAUUUUGGAUUAUAGAAAAUAUAGAUGAAGAUAGAAAAAAAUAUUCUGUAUUAAAAAUUAUAUUGUCUGAAGUCAUUCACCUUGCUAUUGAUCCAAACAAUUUACCAAUAUUUCCUAUUCUGAUAAAUAUAACGGCCGUGACAAUUGAACUUCCUCAAAAUGAAUCUGAUAAUAUCAUUUUAACUGUAGAAACAAAAGAUUAUAUAGAUCAGGAUUAUGUAACUCAAAAAUUGGAAUAUUACCACUUAAAGUCUGCCCAACAUUUUACCCCAACUACCUCUUCUGUUAAAGUAGGAUCUGUUCUUUUCAUCAGUAGAGAAUUAACAUUAACGAUAAUUCAUGAUAAUUAUAUCAUUUAUCUUCAUACUAUAAGUUUUGCCAAAUCUCAAAAAUCUGAAACUCUAACAGUUGAUUCAGAUGCUGAAACUGCAACCCAAGGUGAACCUCUAAGUGAAGAAUUAUAUACCGAAACUACAACCUGA